AUGAGUGAUUCUAUCUCUUUGGCCACGACCUCCUUUCCAACGGUUCGCGGUAACCAAAGCGGUUCGAUGCUCCCCUGCCCACCUAUGUUUCCAGACUUGAGUCGUGAAGAAUUGGAGCGACUCAGGAUGGCCCUUCAAACAGAAUCGACGAGCUUUGAUCAGCUCCCUCGAUUGAUCCCAGAUCUCGCACUGCCAAAUAAGAAUUCGAGUCAACUUGCCUUUCGAUGUGUCAAGAUAGUCAAAAAGUCACCCCGAAGAUCACUAAUCCCUCAAACAGAUUGGCUUAAGCUGAUUGCUGAUGGUAACGACGGCCCUACAUCAGAAUCUACCGUACAUCCCGAUCCGCUCCAAGAGACAAAGGCACUCAGUUCGAAUGAUCUCAGUCAACCCACUGACCAGCGAAUCUCAAGCAUUGAAACUGAGGAAGCUAAUGGAGAAAGCGCACCUUGCGAUCGACGAAACGCCAUUCACAAUGAGACGAAAAUUAAUUGUUCAGAUGAAAAUCACUUGCACCCAUGA